GCUGUGCUGUGCUACUGCGGUUUGUUGGUGUAAGUAUAAUUAAAGGACUAUGAUGACACCUUCUGUCGCCGCGACUGAAAGGCUGCUUGUCGAAAAGGUUAGGUAUUUACGUUUGUCUCCAGCCUUCUUGUUGCAUAUCUUCUGUAUUUUAAUUGUUCGUUUAAUUCAAGUUGAAAAGUGGGUGCAGUUGAUACCUACGCAUCAUAUCCUCCUUAGGUACCAGGAUUUGGGAUCGACUAUAAAACCAUGACGGAUUUACGAAGAAACCGCUAUUCUAUUUCUGCAGGAGUAGGAAAAUCUACUUAUGAUUCUUUUGGACGGUUUUUAAGCUCUCCUAGGCGGCCUUUCCCCAGCAAAUUCAAUAGCGAAAACGAACGGUCGGGAUUUGAUUUUCCUUGGACACCUUACAGUUUAGAUUGGUUAAAACAAAGCAAUGAUACAAGACAAUGGAUUGCUGUAGGGAGUUUAAUUGAAGAGCCCGCCAACAAAAUUCAAAUUCUUCAAGUAUCGAAUUCGGAAGGAGAUAAACCUGCUGUGAAAAAGUCGCUUUCAACAGCAAACGAUUUAGAGUAUCCUGUCACCAAAGUGAUGUGGAACCCUCCAUCAUUAAACUCAAACAAUUCUACGAACCUUUUAGCAUCAACAGAUCAAAAAUUAAGACUUUGGAAUGCUCCUACAGAAUCAGGAAAUACUGCCUCUCUAUCAUGCCAAGCUGCUUUAUCCACGCACGGGAAAACUCACAGUAGUGCUCCCCUCACUUCUUUUGAUUGGUGCAAGGUAGACCCGUCUUUAAUUAUCGUCAGUAGUUUAGACACAACGUGUACUGUUUGGGACGUGGUUGCUCAACAAUCGAAAACCCAAUUGAUUGCUCAUGACAGAGAAGUCUUCGAUGUUGCGUUUACAAAAGAUAAUGCCCAUGUAUUCGUAAGCGUGGGGGCUGAUGGAAGUGUACGAAUGUUCGAUUUACGUUCUCUGGACCAUUCAACUAUUAUCUAUGAAGGAGAUAGCAGUUAUUGGAAACGUACUGGAGAUACAAACAGCGCUGUUAGUACUUGUAGACCUUUACUGCGGUUAGCCACAUGUGAUGCGGAUGCCAAUUUGAUGGCUACCUUCCAUCACAAAUCAUCGGAUAUAAAAAUGAUUGAUAUUCGAGUGCCAGGAACAGCAUACUCAACUCUAAGUAGUCCUCGAGGUGGAGACGUGAAUGCUGUGAGCUGGAUGCCUAAUUCGCGAAGCAAGCUAGCUUCAUGCGGAGAUGAUUGCAUGGUUCAUUUAUGGGACUUGUCACGUCCUUUGAGCUCUACACCAACACCAGCUCGCCGAGGAUCGAAUCCUGUUACGCCGUCUGGCUCAGCGAUACCAAUAUCAGAGUAUGCUACGCCCAUGUCAACCGCUCAAAGCACGGGUUCAUCCAGCGAAAACCGUUAUUCUCCCAUUGCUUCUUGGAAACUCGAAAACGAAGUAAACAAUAUAGCUUGGUCUGGUAAGCAAGACUCGAUCGCUGCCUUGUACGGAAAAUCAUUAGAGCUACUCGCGUUAUAAUUUGUUAAACGAAUGGUCAAGAUAAGUAGGAUCAAAUGAAAGAGAUAUGAGUUGAUUUCAAGAAAAUCUAUUUUUCAACAGCACUACUACUACUUAAUAGAUGGAAACCCCCCAAAAAAAACAAAAAAAACAAAAAAAAAUGGAAGAGAAAAAAGCGUAAAAAAAAUUCUCAUCGUUUUUCGACAGACUCUCUAACCUUCGUUCUCAUGUUUCAUAAAUUAUGCCAAGUUUUCUUUCCCUGGAUUCUAUAAUGAUUAUUACAAUUAAAGAUAUAUUGGUGUGUGUCCAAUCUAUUUAGCAUUGGCAUCAUUAUUACAUUGGAGUUUUCUCGUACUAUCGUAAUCUAAGAUAGACGUUAUAAUAAUUUAACAAAUAAAACAAGCUUAGCGAAAAUCUAGUAUUCUGA